AUUGAUUUUAUGAUGAUUUUUAUGAGCCCAGGCAUGAAACUACAUAUUUAUUUUUAUAUUCAAAUAUGAAAACCAGGUUUAUACUGAUAAUAUAGUUCUAUUAGAAAUAUCUCUGACCUAAUGGGGGAAAUUUAGUAAAAUCCAUCCCGAUCCCAACCAUGAUUUGACCAUUUUUAUUUCCUUUUUCCCGACAACACUAAUCAAAAAAAAUAUGUCAAAAAAAAAAAAUUUUGUUUGGAAUAUUGUUCAAAAUUAUUGAAUGAUUCAUCAGGAUGGUCAGGUUGCUAAGAACACCUAUAUCUGUGUUAACUGUGUCCGAUAUUCUUACAUCUCAAUGUAAAACAUGUGUUGCCUGUUCAAAGAACAUACAUCAGUCCGCCAGUCGACAUGAUUGGCAUGAAACUUGUGAAUUUGAUGCCUUUCAGUCUGGCCAUUGUUCGGGUACAAUGUCGAAUGUUAGUGAAAAUAUACAGAAGCAAAUUGGACUGGAUCCGGGAUACUAUACGAUACCCAAGUGCCGUGCAAAUCUGCUCAAGUAUACGCCAAAGCGAGAGGAUUUGCCCAGUCGUAGCAUGACUGACUCUUUCACUACGGCGAUAUUGCCAUUGAGUUCGAGUUCGUAUCGGGAACGUUAUGUCAACCAUUUGCGUCGAGUGCGCAUGGGACGUCUGAUGGAGGAACUGGACCUGUUUGCCGUGUGGAUCUGUCACCGUCAUACGAAUGUGCCGACAUUGCCCAAAGGUAUACCGCUGCCCUAUAUAUUUGUCACAGUGUUGGUCGAGAGCGUGGAGUUUUCUAAUUGUAAUAAUAUCUUGGCAUAUGAAGACCUUUCUUUGUGUGGCCAUGUCUCAUGGACUGGCAUGACCUCCAUGGAGAUAACCAUUUAUAUGCAGCAGAACUUUCGAACCGUUCUGAAAGCCAUCUUUGUGAUGGUCGCACGCAAUGCAACAAAUACAGCAGCUGCUCCAAUUAAUCCACUGAGUCCGGCCAACGAGAAGGAGGAAUCAUGCUAUAAGGAUUCGGUUAAGAGGUACAAGGCUCGCAAGGCCAAACAAUCAAGGACCGUACUAUACACACGACCCACAAUCGAAGACGAGAAGCUAAUGUUCGAGAUCUUCAAGCGAACCCAAGGCACAAAGCCUCAAAAUAUGUACAAUCUUGAACUGCCAUCAAAUUGCAGAUGGAUGUCCGAAUCGAAUCAUAGUACCCUUCUGCGCGCUUUUCCCGACAAUCGCAACGUGCACAAUCAUAUUUUUGGUGGAUUCGUACUGCGGACAGCUGUGGAAAUCAGUUCGAUUACCGCCUGCAUAUAUGCUGGCGGUCGCCCACUGAUCGAAUGCAUCUCGGAUGUUGCAUUCUAUAGUCCAUUGAAGGUGAACUCAUUUAUCAAAUUAACUGCCUACGUGGUAUACACAUAUAAAAGGUAUAUACAAUUGUUGACAAUCGUGGAAGUCUUGCAUGAGAACAGCACGACACAUACAACAACUAAUUCGUUGUUUCUCAUCUAUAAGGCUGAGAGAAAUGUUCAAGAGGUCUUGCCAACUACGUAUCAGGAGUCGUUGUGCUAUAUAAACGGACGCAAUAAAUUUCGUGCCUUUCAGAAGCUGAGACGAGAUCGAUUGAUCAAUUUAAAAAAAUUUCAGAAAACAAGAAAAUCUGGCGAACAAUAAAACAUGUUUUUUCCUUGU